UAUCAUAUACAUUGUGCAUCUGUGAUAUAACUGAAAUGUAUUUGUUUAAAUUUAUCAAUUUUAGAGUUUGGGGAAGAAACUGAGUUUAGGGAGAUAAAUUUUGGGGUUUUUUUUAUGUUGUGCGAUUUUUGUGCGAUUAUGUGCGAUUUCAAAGCGACAUGUAGGAAGAACUUUUAUCAAUUCUGGAAAAAAUUGAAAAAUAGCGACGUUUCACGAUUAAGUUAGCGACAUAUAGCGACAUUAAUGAAACUUUUAUUUAUUCAGUGAAAAGUCGAUAUUUAGCGACGUUUAACGAUUACAUUUGCGACUCAAAGCGAAGUGUAGCCUUGCAAUAUUUGCAUAGAGAUCCAGGCUUCACCUGUUUACCAUUUAGAUAACCUAACUUGCAGCGACGGCAGCCUUCGGGGAACCCUGGUGGUGGAGCCGGCCAUACACCUGUUUUGUUAAAUUUUUUUUCAAGUUUUAGAAACCUCCACUCGUUCAUAAGCCGUUCAUGUUCAAAACGUUUCAUGUCGUCAAGCACUUUUUGCAUUUGAGGCGUAAUUUCCCCACAAUCAGGCUCCUGCUUGAUCUCUUCAGGAGUAAGAAUCGGAUAUUUGCCCUUGUUCCUUCUAGUAGACAUUGCUAAGAGAAUUAUCUUAAGAGGAAAAAAAUUAAGAAAAUAUGUGUAACUUAUGAGAUAGACAAUUGGCUUUUAUAGAGAAAACUAGUGGUUGGGAAGGUGGGAUAAUAAAUGUAAAAAUUGAAUUACACAAUUGUACACAUGUUUGUCAUGCAAAAAGCAAUCUGGGCAAUUUUCGCGACAUGUAGCGAUUUAUGUGCGAUAUGUUAGCGACAUAAUCAAGUAGUUGGUUAGGCGGGAUAAUAAAUGUCACAUUAAUUACCAUUUAAUGUGGAAACGUCUUUUUGUGCGAUUAUUGUCGAUUUCUUGUGCGACUUUGUGCGAUUUUAUUUAUAGCGAUUGUGUUUGCAAUUUUUAUAUUUGUGCGAUUUUUGUCGAUUUCUUCUGCGACUUUGUGCGAUUUUAUGGCUAUUGUGUUUGCAAUUUUAUAUUUGUGCGAUUUUUAGCGAUUCCUUGUGCGAUGGUGUGCGAUUUAUAUUCAAAUAUGUUGCCAACCAGGAUUAUUCUGGUGUGCGAUUUAUGUGCGAUUUAUGUGCGAGUUUGUGCGAUGUUGCAUGUCAUUCACUGGCUGUUAUGCGAUUUCUAUGCGAUUUCUAUGCGAUUAAUAAUCUUCCUGUUUGUAUUUGCAGAUGGCUCCAGAACUCAUUCUCCCCUUGGCUGAGCAUUUUCCUGGGCGUAUCACUUACCGAGGAAAUGGGUACUUUGCUUCUAUUAAAGCAAAGUUUGAAGCCUUUAACCUGACCGAGAGGGUGAAGGAAACUCCUUUUGGAGUUUUUUGGAAUGCGAAUGAACUGAAAUUCUCCGGGGUGAUUGUGCAUCAACUACUGUUGAGGAAAAUGAAAGUGAGUGAGGUAAAGAAUGAUGAAGUGUGGUUUUACGUGGGUAAAACCGAGGCCAGAUUUGGAAGAUCUGAGUUUGGAUUGAUUACGGGACUGAAGAUGAGCGGUGGCCCCUCGACUGAAGAAUUGAAUACACUAUGUGAGUCUGAUCGGAUAUUGCGGGACUACCUCAAUAAUGCCAAACGGGUCACUUUCAAAACCCUUUGGCUAGCUUUUGAGGCGUGCGAUGUGGCCGACGACGUGUACAAGCUGGGGCUGUGUGCAUUUGUUGAAGGAGUGCUUCUAUCUAGGGCUGAGGGUGUUUACAUAUGGUCGGAUAUGCUGAAGUUGGUAGAAAACGAGGAGAAGUUCUUCGAAUAUCCGUGGGGCCUUCUUUCAUAUCAGAAGUUGUUGUCAUCCACAGCCAAAAGUAUGACUCGACACGAGGAAGAACUACCUUGAUAAAUCUACUAAGGAUAAGAAGAAAGGGAAGAAGGAGAAAAAAAUUACUCAACCGAGGCGAAGUACAAUGUCUACGGAUAUGCACCGCGCUACAAUGCGGGCCUUUGAGGUGAUGCAAGAUUUGGGGAAGAAGUACGGGCAGUGCAGAGGGACUAGAUUCCCUCGAAUGUUGAAUUGGAGCACCCCCAACACAGUUACGAAACAUGAUGUCAAGCAACCUGAUGUCGCUACCCUAUUCGAGAAGAGGAUGGUUGUUCUUCAAAUUCUGUAUCCUAGGAAUUGGGAGGUGGACUAUUGGAAGAGCAAUUGUGAGGGUGAGGUCCCCACGGUGGAAAUGGGGUUGGAUGAGGUCGAAGAAACGCAAGUCGGGGCGCAAGAUUCGACCGCAUUCCAGACCCAAGCCGAACGGGUGGCGGAUUAUGUGAAAAAGUCCAAAAUUAUUCCACCAUCCCCACCCAAAGAAGCACCAGACGCCUCCACAUCUGCCACCGUGCCCCCAACGCCUGCCACUGUGCCCCCAAGCUCUGCUCCAGCCAAUGACUCGAACUACCUCUUGUUGGCUAAGAGGUUGGAGAAGGUAGAAGCGCAACAAGUUGCGAUUCUCACUGCCCAGACUGAGAUGAAGGCUGACUUCAAGAGAAGUCAGAAAGAGAUGAAGAAUCUUAUCAUGGAUCAAAUUGCGACCGUGAUAAGUUUGUUACGUGCGACCUUCGGAGCCGACACAACCAUCAGGGCCGGCACAGCAAUCAGACCCCACACCAUCAGACACGGCAGAGCCAUUACAGACGGUACAUCCAUCACCGCCGACAUAUGAUGAUGAUGAUGAUGUCUACCCAGAAGAUUGGCAACCUGACGCAUGUGACGUUCCUUCUACUCCUGCAAACGCCAUUGUCAUUUCGCUGGGUGAUACUGAAUCUCAGGAUGUGGAAGAGUUGCAGGGGCCACCAGAUGGAGUGGAGUUCUGUAGGCUUAGGCGAAAGCGCAAGCCGGUUUUCUUGAAUGACUACACUGCUGGGAAGAAGAAACAACGACAAGGGCCCGUGGUAGUAGACACCCUGAAACCGGCGGACGCCCGGCUGUUAAAAUUUUUCCAGAAGUGGAUCACUUAUGCUAGGGACAAUGGCCGUCCUAGGGAUGUUCACACUGGCGAAGCCACUAGAUCGUGGUUCGUGAAGUUGAUGGUGCUCAACGAAUGGCUAGAAGAUGCUGUAAGUU